AUGACGGUCCCGUUUGGGUUUUCAGUUGGCGAUUUUGUCGCGGCAAUUGAGCUCGUGGGGACAGUGAUUGACGCGGUUCAAGCGAGCGGUCAAACGAGUCAGAGGUUUCGUGACUUGAUACGGCUGCUAUUCUCCCUUGAGACGGCCUUGAUACAAGUCAAAGACAUUCAGCUGCACGAGUCCAUGUAUGCCGAGCAUACUGCUCUCGCUCGCACCGCGCUUGAAUGUCAAAGAACCAUUGAUGACUUUUGGGCCACGGCGCGCAACUACCAGCCGCACAUCACUAGGCCCUCGACGUUGAAAGCAAGAGAAACUUGGAUGAAGAUCAAGUGGGCCCUUUGCAAACAGAAUGACAUCGACAGGUUGAAGAUUGACUUGCUGGGUCACACCCAAGCUUUGAAUAUCAUCAUGUCGGCGGUCAAAUUAAAAAGCGAACAGAUUGAGAAUCAGAGCCGCGACACAAAACACCAAACCCUUGUGUCACUCAUUCAGCGCGUCUCGAAUCAAUACAUGGGGCAUCUUAGGACGAUGUUCACACAAAUGGAAGGGAUACUGGAGAAAGUCACAUGUGCUAUGCGUAUGGAUUUCAGGAUAUUUGCUGCUGUUAUGGAACUUCAGCAUAUCGUUCGACAGAUUCCCGGCCAAGUACUCAAUCAACAACCAGUGUACUUGGUAGACGCUUUGGGAUUCCAACGGCCCUUCCAUCUUGAGACCAUAACCUCGCUCAGUAUGUCAUGA